UCAGUCUGAGAAUGACAAAGCUGGCGAGCGGUUGAUCGCGCGCUCCAAAAAUCGAUUCAUUCCGAGAUUCGCUGGCUGGAGUCCGCUGCAGCAGCUGCAACCUGGUUCCAAUUUGUAUAUAUUUCUUGAUUCAAAGCCCAGUUGUUGCACAAUCGAACGGGUUCAUCGGGCGUAUACGCAACGUAGCGCAGCGCGUUAAUAAAUUGCGCAUACGUCACGGUGGCGAGAUUAUUGAACUGCUGGCCAGUUAUCGUACGACACUCCACACUCCACAAUCGACACUCCACGGUUGACAACGCCAAAUUGGCAGCGGCAGGUGUGACACCUGCUAAGAAGUGUUUAACUAAAUAUGGGUUACGACGACGUCAUCACUCACUUGGGCGAAUUUGGCCCUUAUCAGAAGAGGAUUUACUACCUGCUCUGUUUGCCGGCGAUUGUCUGCGCUUUUCACAAGUUGGCGGGCGUUUUCCUGCUGGCAAAACCGGACUUUCGCUGCGUUCUGCCCUUCGAGAAUGGCAGUAGCUAUGAGCUGGAACCCCGCCUAUGGAAUUUAUCUUAUCCUGCGGACGAGAGGUGCGCCUACUACGAUGUGGAGUACAGUGAGGCCUACUUGAAUGGCAGCCUUCCGAGGAGAAGCAAUGAAACCAAGACCUGUUCCUCCUACGUUUACGAUCAGAGCAAGUACCUGAAUAGCGCCGUGACCGAAUGGGAUAUGGUUUGCAGUCGGAGUCUGCUGAGUGCCACCAGUGACUCGCUCUUCAUGUUGGGCGUGCUCCUUGGAAGCUUCAUCUUUGGCCAGAUGUCCGAUAAACUCGGUCGCAAGCCCACCUUCUUCGCCUCACUGGUGCUCCAAUUGAUCUUUGGCGUAGUGGCCGCCGUAUCUCCGGAGUACUUCAGUUACACCAUCUCUCGGUUGAUUGUGGGUGCCACCACUUCGGGAGUUUUCCUGGUGGCCUACGUGAUCGCCUUGGAAAUGGUGGGCUCAUCGUAUCGCCUAUUUGCGGGCGUGGCCAUGCAGAUAUUCUUCUCCAUUGGAUUCGUACUCACCGCUGGAUUUGCCUACUUCAUCCAUGAUUGGAGGUGGUUGCAGAUUGCUCUUACUCUACCGGGAUUGCUAUUCCUUUGCUACUAUUGGAUCAUCCCGGAAUCUGCGCGAUGGCUUCUGCUGAAGGGUCGCCAGGAGGAGGCCUUCGUUAUCAUCGAGAAGGCGGCAAAGGAGAACAAGGUGAAGAUACCCAACGAGAUCUACGAUCAGCUGGUGGAGGAGGUGGCCGAAAAGAAGCGACAGGAUGCCCUGACUGCAUCUCAACCGGCAGCCACAGUCUUCGAUCUCCUGCGAUAUCCGAAUCUCCGGAGGAAAACCCUCUUGAUUUUUUUCGAUUGGUUUGUGAACAGUGGUGUGUACUAUGGACUCUCGUGGAACACCAACAAUCUCGGUGGCAAUCAGCUGGUUAACUUCUCGAUCUCUGGCGCUGUGGAGAUUCCCGCCUCCGUGCUGCUCCUCUUCACCUUGAAUCGCUGGGGUCGUCGCUCCAUUUUGUGUGGCACCAUGUUGAUUGCGGGAACCAGUUUGCUGGCCACCAUCUUCGUGCCGAGUGACAUGAACUGGCUGAUCAUCACCUUGGCCAUGGUUGGCAAGCUGGCCAUUACUUCGUCGUAUGGAACCAUCUACAUCUUCUCGGCGGAACAAUUCCCCACUGUGGUGAGGAAUGUGGGUCUGGGUGCUUCAUCCAUGGUGGCCCGAGUGGGUGGCAUCCUGGCUCCCUAUCUCAAGUUGCUGGGUGAGAUUUGGCGACCUCUGCCGCUGAUCAUCUGCGGAGCUCUGGCUUUCACCGCUGGAUUGCUAUCGCUUCUCCUCCCGGAAACUCUGAACAAACCCAUGCCAGAAACCAUCGAAGAUGGUGAGAAUUUCGGCAAGAAGAUGGCACCCCAGGAAUCAUCCGAACUCUCCGGAAUGCUCAAUGGAAAGUCGAGCUAAUUGUGGAGUCCGGAUUGCGCGACUCAGAGCCACUUGUCUCAAUCUAAACUGAUGGCCUCAAUUGGCUUGCGCGCUGGUCACUUCAACGAAUUUAAGCAUUCUGCGCACUCUCAUUUCCCCCAAGAGAGUUUUCCAUUCCAUUUUUAUUCUCAACUCUGUUUGGUUUACCCUUACAGGCGACAAUUUACAAUAAAAGACAAGUAAACAAAAAAUGGUAA